UCGCUCUGUCCAAACCCGAUCACCCUUAUUGGUAAUCCAUUGGAGCGUUUUUACACUCCAAUACGAACGACGGACAUCAAAUGGAAUUUCGAGAAAAUCCUGAUCGACCACACAGGGCAGCCUAGAAAGAGGUACACGCCCGCUUUCAAGCCGUUGGACAUGAAGGCAGAUGUCCAAAAUUUGGUCCAGGAAUGUUUGAAGGGGUACCAGCGUAAGGUUAAAUGGUGGUCAUUUGUUUAG